UGUACCCUCAGCUUUUUUCAAUAUUUCAUAGUUUCCCAAAAGCAAUUUGUAAUUUUUUUUAAUUAGUCGUUAACUUGAUAGCUGUGUGGACUUAAUGUUAAAUAUAAACGACCAUCAUUUUGAAACGUAAAAUCAUAGACACGUGACAUCCUGGAAACCGUUUUCGUCGAACGAAAUGGUCCCCCGGUACUUCCCCACACCGCACCCACCCUCAGCCGCAUGAGACACUCAUUAAUCUAGGUGUACCAAGAGCAUAACGUUCACAGUUCGCUCACAGAAUAAUUCCUUAAGACAUUGUAGGUGACCAGGAGUGGAAAUGGGUCUACCAUUGGUCGGUUUAGGAUUGCUGGGGCCAGUAGGGUUGGCUGCAGGCGUUUUAGGCGGGGUGGCGUUAAUUGGUGUCCUCGGAAAUAAUCCGACACUUGAAGUGGUGUCCCAAAGAAAUGUAUACCCCAGGGAUGAAGAAGAUACAGUAGACCCCAGUGAUGAAGAAGACCUAGUAGAAUGUGGUAUUUCCAGAAAAAGAAAGAUCUACACUUUAAAAAGCAUAGAGAAGAGAGAAGAGACAAGGAAAAGAAAGAAAGAAGAGAGGAAGGAGGCAGGAGGAGUAGGACAAGAUGAGUCCAGCAGCGAUGAAGCGUCCAGCAGCGAUGAAGAGUCCAGCAGCGACGAAGAGUCCAGCAGCGAAGAAGAGUCCAGCAGCAAUGAAGAAGGCCUUGGAGAUGUUGGUCCAUAUAAAAAGGUUAAAAAAGGACACCGUAUGCGCAGUAAAAAAGGGAGAACCAGAAAAGACGCAGAUCAUAUUCCACCACGGGCGUCACUCAGGAGAGCCCGAGAGGAUGAUUACCUGCUGGACCGACUCCGAGACGUGAAUCCAGGCCUUUAUAGGAUGAUCAUGAGCCUCGAUACUGACCCACGCGGACAGGACCUGUUAGCCAUGCUAGUUCGCCGCAGGCAUCACCGAAUGGCUCUAACCACCGGCAGAAGCAUGGAAUCUUGUUUGAGCAGGCAGCUGCUCGCAGAUACAAUGCUAAAGGGAAACGGUGGGAAAGUGUUUAAGUUCCUCACUCUUAUGAGUAAUCCUCAAUCUAGCUGGAACAUCAGAAAAGAUGCAGGACUGGCCAGUGGUGAUUAUUCUGCUGACGAUUCAAGGGAUUAUUACAGACGUGGUUAUCGCCGCCUGCUCCAAGAAUUCCACAGGAUGGGGAUCGUCAGCGAUGGGGAAAUAUGUGAGCUGAAAUUAUGGGUGGAUCAAAAAGAGUACCUGAAGCGGGAUUCCCCAGAGUAUCAGCUGAUCCUUGAAGAAAUUCGACUUUACUUCAAUCUUUUCUUUAACUAAGGCAGCAAAAAAUUAAUAUAUUUGUCUAUAAGCUUCUUGAACAUAUUCUGAAAAAAUAUAGAUCAUGAAUAUCUUUAUACUAUUGCUGUGAUAUGCAAAGUAUGGAAUUCAUUAUAGAUCAUUUAACUUUAAUAGUUGUUGAAAAUCAAGUAUUUUAAUCAUGUCUCUGGAGAAUAUUGUAUACAAAAACAUAUCAUACUAAACUCUUUAAAGCAGAUGUUUUUUUUCUCCAUAAAAGUAAAUAAAAAAUACAGUCUUGAUGUUAAGCUGAAAAUGUUCAUUUGGAUUUACAGUACCAGUCAAACAUUCAUUCAAAGGUAUUUGUUUUUUAUUUCCACAUUGUAGAAUAAUAGUGAAGAUAUCAGAACUAAAAAUUACACAUAUGGAGUCAUGUAUUAAACAAAAAGUGUAAACAAAUCAAUAUACAAUUAUAUUUUAGAUUGUUCAAAGUGGCCACCCUUUGUCUUGAUGACAGCUUUGGACGCUCUUGGCAUUCUCUCAACCAGCCUUCUCUCAAGGAUAUAGACCUGGUUUGUAGAUAUAGACCUGGUUUGUAGAUAUAGACCUGGUUUGUAGAUAUAGACCUGGUCUUUUAUUUCCCGCCUCUCUAAUAUAGGUUUUGAGGCCCAUUGUCCAGAAAGUACUUUCUAUGGAUACCCAAUUUGUGGUUGUUUAUUAUAAUAUUAUUGAAUAUAUAUAUAUAUAUUUUUUUUUUCUUCAGAUUCCUGUAGAUACAUUAUAAUGUAAUCAUUACUGUCAUUAUUGAUAAUAAUUGAGCGAUAACUGUUGCAAUGUCUUAAAUCAUUGUUUUGACAUUUAUGAUAUUAUCAACAUGACGUCAUUUUAUUUUUUCAUUAAUAUAACAUCAAAUUAAUCAGAAAUACAGUGUGGACAUUGUUAAUGUUGUAAAUGACUACUGAAGCUGGAAAUGGCAGAUUUUUUUCAUGGAAAAUCUGCACAGGCCCACUAUCAGCAACCAUCAUGCCUGUGUUCCAAUGGCAUAUUGUGUUUGCUCAUCCAAGUCUAUAAUUUGAAAAGUCUGAUUGGUCAUUAGAAAACCAUUUUGCGAUUAUGUUAGCACCUCUGAAAAUGUUUGGGCAGAUUAGUGAAGCAAUAAAACUGCCCUUCUUUAGACUAGUUCAGUAUCUUCAGCAUCAGCAUUUGUGGGUUUAAUUACAGGCU